AGAAGGUGCGGCUUAAAAUCAGUAUGUGGUAUUGCUUUAAAGGCAGGAACGGAGCUGAUGCCAGCACAAGAAGCACCCAAAACAGACAGCUAAAGAAGGCGAUCUAUUACCUAAAGAGAUGAAGACCUUCAUUGUGUUGGUGUGGAUGGUUCACGUCUGUUCUUGUAUCUCAAUACAGAAGCUGAGAAAAGCUCGUCAACUGGGCUGGGGAUGGACGUUGGGAGAUGACUAUGAUUACUAUCAACCCGUCAUUAAUCUAGAUCCCCCUGGAAAUGUUGCACCCGCUCUAAAACCUGCACCCAAUCCUGCUCCCGUUCCAAAACCCGCUGCAAAUCCUGCACCCCCUGCAAAUCCUGCACCUGCACCCAAUCCUGCACCCGUUCCAAAACCUGAACCCAAUCCAGAACUUGCAUCUAAUCCUGCAUCCGCUCCAAAUCCUGCACCCGCUCCAAAACCUGAACCCAAUCCAGAACUUGCAUCUAAUCCUGCAUCCGCUCCAAAUCCUGCACCCGUUGCAAGACCUGCUCCUGCACCUGUCCCAGAUCCCCGACCCAGACCUGUCCCCCUCCCUGCAACCGCCCCACCACCCCUUUUCCUCUUCCCUAACGGGGAUGGAGAGUCGGGUCAGGCUUUUCUCUUGCCUCCUAAUGCUGGUCAGGGUGGUCAGAGUGUUUUCCUAUUCCCCCCUGGUUUUCAGUCUUACUUCCCUGAAACAGACCAAGAACCGGCACCCGGGCCAGAGCCCGAGCCCAGACCGAGACCCGGGCCCGGGCCACAACCGAGUAGACCGCCCUCCAUCAAGCCCGGCUCACAACCGAAUCCUCCAGAUGGGAAUCGACCUCCUUUCAUCAUCUUCCCUGGCAUUGUGUUUCCGGCUUUGGAAGAUGGAUCUGACAUCGAUAUGGCCUCUUUUCUAAAACAGUUGUUUGGAAGCAUCAGUGAGAACCCUGAUCAGUUUGUCAGUUACAUGAAUGCACAAAACACCAAAGAAUGACCAGUGCUUUGUUGCGUUGUGAUCUGAUGGCUUCAUCUGCAUUCCUGUUAUAUUCUGGUUCUUUAGAAAGUUUUGUAUGGCCAGUUGCUUAUUUGCAAAUAAAAGUUGAUUCUUUUUAAUCAAUAA